AUGAAAUUCUUUUCCAGAUUUGUGGAAAAGAGGAAAAGAGAAGCACAACAUGUAGAUUUGGUAAAUUACAGGCCUUUAAAGAAAAAAUCUUCAGAUGAAUCACUUUCAAAAGACUACAUCAACAAUUUGAAGAAAAAAAUUGACCCAAUUGAAACUUCAAUUGAUUUGGUUAAUGGAUUACCAACUCCAAAUUCAUCCCCCCUAAGAAAUCAAAGUAAUUCAUUAGAAAACGAUUUUUCACAAUUAAAUAUAGUCAAUCAAAGUAACAAUCAAUCAAUUGCAAAUGUCAGUUUCAUUAACCCUUCAAUUAAAUAUGAACAUGAAAUUUUCCAAAUGCCAGAAAUUUUGGAAAAAAUCAUUGGAUUUGUCAAAGAAAUGGAUGACCAUGAGGCCAAUCAAUCCUCUGAUGCAAUUGCAAAGUUAUGUGGCUAUAGAAGAAAGCCACAAUCUUAUAAACAUUCAUUGAUGAUUUAUAAAGAUCAAACUAAGGCAAAAAGAGUUUGGGAUGCCUGUAAUAAUCAAACUGAUUCCUUCGAAAAAAAUAAUUUUGAAGGCUCACUUCAUAAUUGUUUAAAAGUCUGUAAACUUUGGUAUUCGAUUACAAAUAAACAUUUAACAGAGCAUCUUACCUUUGAAAAAGAUUCCCGAUUACAAGAAUUCUUGAUGACUUAUAAUGGCACAAUUAGACCAAAAAGUUUGAAAUUUAAGUCAAUUAAAGCCAGAUGCGAUUUAAGAUCAUGGACACACACAAAAUUGUUUGAUUUAUCUAAUACAACGCAUUUAGAGUUUUCUCUAUGUUCUACUAUUUUACCACCAAUAUCUUGGUUUGAUGACCUCAGGUCUUUGAAAAGCUUAAUCAUCCUAGGCAAUAAAAAUAUCAAUGAUGAGUACUUGAUUCAAAUUAGCUCUAAUGGGAAGCUAAAAUAUUUAGAGACAUUGGACUUAAGAGCCUGUGAUCAAAUAUCAGAUGCUGGGAUAGUUGCGAUUGCCACAAAUUGUCCUAAUUUAAAAUAUAUUAAUAUUGGAAGACAUAAAAAUGGGCAUAUUAUCACAAGUCUUUCCGUCGCUGCAUUAGCUAAAUAUACAUCUAUCGAAACAUUAGGUAUCGCAGGUUGUGAUGUAACUGAUAUUGGUAUUUGGGAAUUAGCCAAUCUUUGUGGGAACAGGAUCAGUAGAUUGUCAUUGAACAACUGUAAUUCGUUAACAAAUAGAAUAAUACCCAUAAUUUGUAAAUAUGGAUUAUUCCCAAAAUUAGCAGUGCUUGAAAUAAGAAACAUUUCGCAAAUUGAAAAUACUAUUGAUCUUGUACAUUAUAAAAAUUGGAAGAAAUACUCGAAAUUACCAUUUCUAAUUGAAAGUUGUGAAAGGAUAACUUCUCUGAUUAUCAAUGAUGAGGAAAAACUUAAAAAAUUGAACUCUCUCACUGCAUUAAGAGACAUGACCCAUUGGGUUAACGAUCCUAACGAUGAAAAUACUAAUAAUGAAUAA